AUGUCCAUCUGGUCUCCAAAGAACAUGCGCAAAAGGUCAAGUUAUGAGCCUGUACUUCCCCGAGGAAACCAGGGUUCAGGCGCAGACAGCGUACGGUUUAAGGUCUUGGGGGUCAUCAUCUAUGGCAUCGAUUUCUUCAUACCAAAGCGAAUAAAGCGCAAACGUGUUGGAUCUGGAGAUGACUUUGAAGCGAUGCGCCAGCUGCUGCAGACACGCAUCACAGUGUGCCUGCUGCUUACAACCCUUGUUACAAUGGCCUUCUUCACCGUACAGGACUUGGUCCUUGUGAUAAUGAAAGCCAAGAGUGGAUACAGUGUUCCACCAGCAUACCUAUCUAUUAUGGACCCGCUGACAUUUUCGGGAACAAUCAUUUUCUCUGCUUGCUUGGCGGGUGUCCGUUCCGAUAAAAUAGAUAUUCGACUGUGUGCCAAGAUCGCUAUUUUCUUUAUUCUUGCUUUGUUUACCUUCAUUUGCAUGGUAUCGGAUGCGUUUUGGAAACUGGGGCAUUCUGGAUUCCUGAUUGGCCCGCCGUUUGGAUACUUUCUGGUCGAUCGCAAGUUUGGAACCCAUGUCGGAUACAUCACCGUCUUGCUGUAUAUGUGGUCUUUUUACUGGAGCCUUGGUCGGCAACUCCCACCUCUGGAAUCACAUCAGUGGUACUGGGUGCUGGGGGACAUAUAUGUCAUCACUUGCGGAUUUUACGUCCUGGGGUCCUUUGACCAGCUCAUGAAGUGCCAAAAAAGAUUACAAGACGACGUUCAACACGAGCGGGAGGCGAAUCAAGCCAAAAGCAGGUUUAUCUCUUCAAUGUCCCAUGAACUUAGGACACCAUUGCACGGGAUACUCGCAAACGUAGAGCUCUUGAACGACUUAUGUACAAAUGAUUCGCAACGGACCUUAUUAAGUACCAUAGAGUGCUCCGGUCAGAACUUGCUGGGGAUUAUAAACCAAGUCUUGGUCUACAGCAAAGCAGAAAGUGGUGCAAAACAAUGUGAGAAUGUCUACGAGUUUGAUUUGUUCAAGCUCAUUGAAGAGGUCCUAUCUAGUUUGGGUCCGGUGGGAUUUAAAAAGGGUAUUACAAUGAGCUUCUUUCUCGAGUCCCUCUCACCAUAUUUUAGGCGAACCAUUAGUUCUGAAGGAUGCCUACGACAGAUUCUCGUGAAUCUAUUGGGCAACAGCAUCAAGUUUACGCAGGUCGGUGCGGUUGACCUCAUCAUCACCGAUACAGAGGCUCCUCCAGAAAGUAAUCCCCUCAAGGAGGCCGCCCCUAAAGCAGCUUGCAAUUCAUGUGCAUGCGACCGCCCGAGACAAUUGCGGCCAACAUGCAGCAAUGGGUGUUCCAAAGAGAACAAGCCAUCGGACGCAAAUGAAGAGUCAUUUUCUGAUGCAGACGAUCAAGAGUCUGACAAAUCAUCGUUGGAAGAAAUAAAAACAGCAGACUUGCGUCCCUGUUCAGUUGACGAUGAGCCUGAAACUGAUUACCAUCACAAACGACGUGUGACAUUUCGAAUUUCGGACAGUGGAUGCGGAAUGGCGGAGAGCUUUUUGGAAAAGAUGUUUGCGCCAUUUGAGCAGGAAGCUACGAACAAGGAUCGUUUGAUCAAGGCAGUGGAAGGGACAGGAUUGGGAAUGUCUAUCGUCAAGACAUUAUUGGAUGAGAUGGGUGGAACAAUCGAAGUGGAUAGUGUCGUGGGUCAAGGCACAACGAUAACAAUUACCAUCGAUCUGUUUUACCCAUCCGACACUAGCUGGGUGGAUGCAGAUCUGCAACGCUUAGAUGGCGAAUUCUUUUCCUGUCCGGUUUCAGAACGCAAAAAAUUUAUAGAGCGUAUUGACAGCGUUAAACUUGGAGUAUGGAAAUCGGAAGGCGAUUCCCUGGGUAGAACUCGGUUGGGCAUGUAUUUAACGAGAUGGGGUGUUCCUUUUGAGACGAUAGAGGCACGAUGGGACUAUUCAGACGUCGAUAAUGUCGAUAUCGGGGCCGAGUGCAAGAAAUGGAAAGCUUUCGAUAUCCUCGUCCUAGACGAUGAAGUUGGGCAGUUGCGGUGGCUAGAUAGGAUCUCGCACACCAAAGACCGGCCCGUCAUCAUCUAUUUCACGGCACUCCAAAACUUUCAAGAAGUCUGCCAAGCGGCCGCUCCUUGGCACGGUCAGAUCCGUUUUGCGGUAAAGCCUGCAGGUCCCGCAAAGAUUCUGCCCAUCUUGUGGGACAUCUUGAUGAAUUCACCUGGAGCAGCGGCGCACGUUUCUGAUGCGACGCUUAGAGAUCUGAUUGCAACUCGCGGGAAACUCGACGCAGAAUUGGAAAUGGACCAGAUGAAGCAGCAGUAUGAGAUGAAUGGAUUGACGAGGGAACGGACGGACAGUUGUAUAACAGUUCGAGAAAAUGGAGAUAGUGCAUCGGACAACAAUAGCAUAACUGACCGGAGUGAGGGCAGCAGUGAAGAGGCCAUCGAUGAAUUUAGGAUUUUGAUCGCAGAGGACAAUGCCAUCAAUCAGCGAAUUCUAUCCACCUUUCUCACCCGCAAGAACCUCCCACAUGAUAUUGUUGAAAACGGUCAGCUAGCGGUGGAUGCUUGGCGUGAGAGGCAGCACCGAUUGAUCCUUAUGGAUGUUCAGAUGCCCGUAAUGAAUGGCAUCGUCGCAACGUCCUCUAUUCGCGCUCUCGAUAAAGAGUCCAUAGAAGCCAACCUUGCCGAGAGAGGGAGCAGUUCAAACGUUACGCCACACCCGCGAACCAAUAUUGUCGUUAUGACUGGAUUGGAUAACCCAGAGGAUGAGAGAGCUGCUUUGGCGGCUGGUGCGGAUCUGUUUUUGACAAAGCCAGUAAGCAUGCGAAAACUUCACAAGUACAUCCAAGAGAUCCAAGAUGCGCACGCAGCGUUCCGACAGCGACAGAGACAACAUGAUCAGGAAGCGAAAUCCAAUGGAUUUGGAGCUGUUCAUGGAGGAUCGAACUGA